UCUUCCGCAGGCAAAUUCACGAAAAACCUUGCAGAAGAGACUCAGGAGGCUUUCGAUGAGCGGUGGGGAACAAGCACUGAAUGGCACGAGAUCGACCUGUUGGCCAGUCUCCGCGACAUCGUCACACAGGUGUCAACCCGCGUCUUCCUGGGACCCGAACUCUGCAACAACAAGGAAUGGCUGAAUAAUACACAAGCAUACACGGACAACGUCUUCAAAGCAGUGAGAUCGAUUCGCCGCUUUUCUGCAUGGUUUCGUCCCUAUGUCCAAUGGUUCUUGAAGGACUGUUCCAAGAUCCGCCAACAGGUCAAGCGGGCCGAAGAAAUUAUCGAACCAGUCAUCGCCAAGCGCAUCGAAGAGAUCGCCCUAGCCCAGAAGGGUCUCGCGGAAAUGCCCAACGAUGCUAUCACAUGGAUGCACGAAGUCGCCACAGGCAAGGACAAGGAGUAUCAUGGCGCGCACAUUCAACUGUCGCUGAGCAUGGCAUCAGUGCACACAACAUCGGAUCUCUUUUCGAAUAUCCUCCUCCAGCUCUGUCGGCAUCCGGAGUGGAUUGAACCGCUGCUCCAGGAAGAACAAUCAGUCCAUACUGACGGUGCCUGGGAGAAAACGUCGCUCUAUCGUAUGAAAUUCGCCGACAGCAUCAUAAAGGAGACACAACGCAUCAAGCCCCUAGGUGUCCCUCUAUCGCACCGCCAUGUCAGCGACGACGUGAUCCUCCCCGAUGGCACGCUCAUUCCGAAAGGCGCCAUCGUCGCCACCAAUAUGUCGCGCAUGUGGGACCCGGAGUUCUACCCGAACCCCGAAGAAUGGCAGCCCGAUCGGUACCUUAAGCUCCGUGAGGAGCUCGGGAAGGAGCACUCGUCGCAGUUCGUGACGACCACUAUGGAAAGUCUAGGGUUCAGCAUCGGGAGUCACGCCUGCCCCGGGAGAUUCUUUGCAUCCAGCAAGACUAAGCUCCUGCUCAACCACGUGCUCCAGAACUAUGAGUUUGAAAGAGUGGAUACAGGGAAGAACGCGACACCCCUUUUCGUAGAAUACAUCACGAAUCCGAAGGCCAAGCUGCGGGUGCGGAGGAAAACGAUCUCUCCAUAA